AACAAAGACAGGAACCGUAGUAACGUCGAUAUAGAAAUAUGGUUUUAUAUAUAGUAUAAUUAAAAUAUAAAAAUUAAUACAAUUAGGAAAUUGAUCGGUCGUUCAUUGAGUAUUCACCGGCGUGCUGCUAUGUGAAACCGUAGUUCGAGAAAGAGAGAUACAUAUCUCGUGGUCUAGGCGGCAGUGGUUGUCUUUUACAAAUGGCGACUCACGGAGAAGCACGCCGACUCGUUUGACCGCGAGGGUUUUCCAUCGACGAUUGUUGUGUAAAUACGUAUUUAUCGUUCACGUAUAAGGGUUCACGUUCUGUAUAGCAGUUCAAGCGAUCUGCUAUCCACAUUUCGAAAGCAAAAAUCAUAGAAAUUGUUAGGCAUAAAAUUCGACGAAAUGGGAAACGUAUUAGCAGCCAUUGGACCUCCUCCACCUCCGCCGCCACCUCCAGCUCCAGGUUUGGUAACGAAUUUAGGAAAGCAAGACACUUCUACGGGUUUGAUCACACCUACCGAAGGAUCGGAUCGUCUAGAAAAUCCGGGCACGAUCGAGGACCUUCACAAGAAAUGCAAAGAUGUGUUCCCUGUAAACUUCGAAGGAGCGAAACUAAUGUUCAACAAAGGUCUUAGUAAUCACUUUCAAAUUUCUCAUACGAUAAAUAUGAGCUCGUUUGCACCGUCCGGAUAUAGGUUUGGUGCAACGUACGUUGGUACAAAGCAGCCGGUACCUUCGGAGGCUUAUCCUGUCUUAUUAGGUGAUAUCGAUUCGUGUGGAAAUCUUAAUGCUAAUAUCAUUCAUCAGUUUGGUCAGAGACUGAGAGGAAAAUUAGCAACUCAAGUACAAAAGAGUAAAUAUACUGCAGUGCAAGUGGCAACAGAUUAUCGCGGCGAUGCUUACACUGUGUCUUUGGCUGUGGGUAAUCCAGAUAUACUUAGUGGUUCUGGUGUUUUUGUGAUGCAGUAUCUUCAAAGCAUAACAUCGUCUGUCGCUCUCGGUGCUGAAGUCGCCUAUCAGCGGGGUCCUGGCGUACCAGGAGGUCAGGUUGCCGCUGUUUCACCCGCCAUAAGGUAUAUAAACGGAGAUUCUACAAUAAGUGCAAAUCUAGGAACGACCGGUUGCCAUCUCUGUUUUCAUCAAAAAGCUAGUCAACAGUUACAAUUUGGCGUGGAAUUAGAUAUUAUUAGUAGAAUACAGGAAUCCACUGGAACCAUUGCCUAUCAAAUUGAUUUACCCAAGGCAGAUUUAAUAUUCAAAGGAAGCGUCGACUCGAACUGGACAGUGGGUGCUGUCUUGGAAAAGAAAUUACAGCCGUUGCCAUUUACGUUUGUGUUAAGCGGUAUGAUGAAUCAUAGUAAAGAACAAUUUAGAUUGGGCUGUGGAUUGAUAAUUGGUUAAGGGUAUCCUGUAGUCCAAUAAUGGUUGCGUAUGUGAUCUAGCCAAACGAUUGAAAGGAAAGCGACGGGGGUAUCUCGAUUUCUGUGCACUCCGCUUAAGAGAACGUUGUAAUUAGUAUCAAUAAUGUUCAUCCAAUUCCCCUUCCUUUGUUGAUUACCUCAUCAGUUCAUCGAUCGUGUUUCUAUGAUCGUGUUGUUUGAUUAUUUUUAUUAAAGAAACACCGUACCAACAGGGUUUGAGCGUUGUGUAUAUUCCUUUAAUUCUAUGGCAUGCGUAGCUUAUUGUUUCGAAUAUCGAGUAUAAAUUAUUGAAUUUUAUCGGUUGUUUUUACGAUGUUUAUUCCAGUUUCGUUGGACGUAGAGAUAUAGCGAGUCUGCACAUUCGUCAUCCGCGUGUACAGGUGUAUAAAAAUAUAUCUACUCCCGGGAAAUAGUACGAGGUUCUCGUUUAAAGCGGACUGCAGGGGGUUGAAACAUGUUGCAAUGGAUUUAAGCGAAGGGUUUAACAUCGAUUGACUUAACCCGUCGCUCGAGUCGAUGCCUGGAAUCGCAAUAUGUUUCAGCUUCUGCAGACCGCUUAAAUUUAACUAUACAUAUACAAAUGUGCGUGCAUGCGAGCACAUAAACCCUUGAAGUCUAUGUUGUAACGAUAUUUUUUACGAGAUCACAUCGAGUUUAAGGAAUUGUCAACGUUGAAAAGUUUUUACUACUGCCAUUCACAUUAUGUCGAGACCGUCAGACUUGAAUAAACUAUAUAGAUUUUACGUUCGGUUCGAUCCAUUUAUUCGAAUCGGAAAAACAAUGAAUCAUCGGUUAUUUAUUUCUUCAUUUCGCCUAUUUAGGAACCGCAUCGUUAAUACCAGGUACAAUGGUUCGGUAUUUGUCUCGCAAAGAAAACGCUGAUGAUUUCGAAAGAAAGCGUUUCGAGAUACAAGAAAAAUAAAAAAAAUGUGUAUUGCUAAAGUCAGUGCGAUUUAAGUCCUGCGAAAAGUAAAGAAAAGUGAAAAACAAUGUAUUAAAAUGACUCAUUGAAGA